GCCAAGGUGAGACGGUACGCGCGCGCCGAUCAAAAACUUUUUAAAUUUGUUUUGUUUUGUUUUUUUUUUUAUUUUUUUUUUUUUGUUGAAUUUUGAAUUUGUGAAUUUUAUUUGGUUUCGUUGACAAGUACACGCAAUAAGUGUUGUGAUUUUUUUGUUGAAUAUUAUUUAGUACACGUGCUUAUGUGCAAUUUUAAAUCGGAGUAAAUAAUAAUAAUUUUGUGCAAUAAUUAGUGUACUUGCUUUGGAUACUAAGUAUAAAAUUUAAAAAACAACAGCCAUAAAAAUAGCAGAUGGCAAAAAUGAAGACAUAAAUAAAAUGGGCUCAUCGAAGAUAAAUCUACUACUAAAAAUAAAAUUAAGUGUUAAAAAAAGUGAAAACACUCAACAAUUAAUGAAGGGCAUUGAUAACUCUGAGUACGGUCGCAAACGAUACAGAUAUUUCUGUAAAGGUGAUAAGUGCGUGAAUUUUUUUAAGGGCAUGUGAGGCUCAAUAUGUACCACUAUCGACACUCCACAUCAUGGGCGCUGUCGACAUUUCACGUUUGCGCCGUCACCUUUUUAUUUAUUGUCAUCGUAGGUAGCAAUAAUGUCCUCGGCGAUCUCAAUUCCGAGUUCGUCAAAGGGAAAAUAUGCAUCGGUACAAAUGGAAGAAUUUCAGCCCCAUCAAACACAUUGCACCACUACCGUAAUCUCCGUGACCGGUAUACAAACUGUACUUAUGUCGACGGUAAUCUGGAGAUAACGUGGAUACAAAAUGAUACCCUGGAUUUAAGCUUUCUGCAAUAUAUACGAGAAGUAACUGGCUAUGUAUUAAUAAGUCACUGUGAUGUACGUCGUAUCGUGUUGCCACGUUUGCAAAUAAUACGCGGCCGUACCUUGUUCAAGCUAAAUAUCCAUCCACAUGAAUUUGCAUUGAUCGUAACAAUGACUGGAAUAUACAAUCUCGAAUUACCGGCACUGCGUGAUAUUCUCGCUGGCAGUGUCGGUAUGUAUCACAAUUACAAUCUUUGUCACAUGAAAACAAUAAAUUGGGAUGAGAUAAUAAGUGGCCCGCAAGCUAAAUACGUUUAUGUUUACAAUUUUACGUCACCUGAACGUUCAUGUCCAGCGUGCGAUCCGAGCUGCGUCCAAGGCUGCUGGGGCGAGGGUCCAGAAAACUGUCAAAAGUUUUCCAAAACAAAUUGCUCACCUCAGUGCUGGCAAGGACGUUGUUUCGGUUCACAGCCACGUGAAUGCUGCCAUCUAUUUUGUGCCGGUGGGUGCACUGGUCCCAAACAAAGCGACUGUUUGGCUUGCAAGAGUUUUAUGGACGACGGAGUUUGUACCCUCGAGUGCCCGCCAAUGCAGACAUACAACCCGACGACUUAUUCCUGGGAAGUUAAUCCUAACGGCAAGUAUGCCUACGGAGCCACGUGUGUUAAAAAAUGCCCAGAGCAUCUUCUUAAAGACAAUGGAGCUUGCGUUAGAUCAUGUCCGCCGAAGAAAAAGGCCAAAAACAGCGAAUGCGUUCCAUGCGAUGGUCCCUGUCCUAAAACUUGCUCUGGUGUCAACACCGUUCACUCCGGAAAUAUCGAAAAAUUCAAAGACUGCACAGUUAUUGAUGGUUCUAUUACAAUAGUCGACCAUACUUUCACUGGGUACCAAGACAUCCUUUCAAACUACUCAUUCGGACCAAGAUGGCCACCGAUGCAUCCAAAUAAACUUGAAGUUUUUCAUACGCUUAAAGAAAUAACCGGCUUCUUAAAUAUUCAGGGUAAUCAUAAGGACUUUACCAAUUUGACAUACUUUAGAAAUCUUGAAAUAAUUGGCGGACGACAAUUGACUGAAUACUUUGCCUCGCUCUAUGUCGUACAAACUGCUCUAGUUUCUUUUGGACUUCGAUCUCUCAAGAGAAUAAAUUCUGGGUCUGUUGUUAUUUUGGAAAACAAGAACUUGUGUUACGCACAAAGCAUACAUUGGAACAAAAUAAGGAACUCAUCUGAACAUGAUACUUUGGUGUCCAACAACAAAAAUGAAACCUUGUGCAAACAAGAAGGCCAAGUUUGCGACGAACAAUGUUCAGAUGCAGGCUGCUGGGGUCCAGGACCAUCGCAGUGUCUUUCGUGUAAAAACUAUGUUUUCGAUAACGUCUGCUUGGAAAACUGCAGUGUCAUAUCUGGAAUAUAUAAAGCAGGUUCCCGCGAAUGUAAGAACUGUCACGAGGAGUGUGAUGGCACCUGUAACGGACCUAAGGCCGAGAACUGCAAUAAAUGCAAACACACGCGCGACGGCCCGUUCUGCGUAAAAGAAUGUCCGACUUCUAAAUAUAACGAUAACGGUGUAUGCAAACCUUGUCACAAGAACUGCGUAGGCGGUUGCGAGGGCCCGGAAAAUAAUAUCGGCCCGAAUGGCUGUCACAGUUGCGAGAAAGCAAUAAUGAAUAACAACAGCGUGCCUGAGGGAUGUCUCCAGAAGCUCGACAAUUGUCCUGAGGGUUACUUUUACGAGUGGGUCAGCCCUCAAGAGAAAGGUCCCCUGAAGGUGUUGGCGGGUAAGGCUGUCUGCAGACGCUGCCAUCCGCUCUGCAAAAAUUGUACCGGGUACGGAACACACGAGCAAGUGUGCCGUGAGUGUGUUGACUUUAAACUCGGUGAAAAUUGCGUGCACGACUGCCCGGAAAACAGCAAUUAUAUAUUACCCAACACUAAUCCUAAAAUAUGUAUACCCUGUGCGUCUGAGUGCGACGGCUGCUAUGGUCCAGAAUCCCAUCAGUGUUACCGCUGUCGCAGCUUCAAAGUUCAUCUCGAUACCAAAGCAUCCAACAAUGUCACUCUUUUUAACUGUACCAACACAUGUCCAACAGAAACUUCCUACAAAGUUACGUCCGAAGACGGUCGCGAUACUUAUUGCGAGUCUCAGACACUCAGUUCUCAAUUGGAACAUGAAAUAAAACCCAUGAUUUUGGGUAUUGUCAGUGUUGUUCUGCUGAUUAUUAUGAUGAUCGGGGCGAUAGUUCUGUGUCGUUGGCGUAUCAAGAGUAAAAAUAAAGAAAACACGGUUAAAAUGACCAUGGCUUUGACUGGUCUUGAUGACAACGAACCUCUGAGACCCACGGGAUUGAAACCAAACCUCGCGAAACUUAGAAUAAUAAAGGAAGAAGAGAUGCGGAAGGGCGGACAACUUGGAUACGGAGCUUUCGGUAAUGUUUAUAAAGGUGUAUGGGUACCGGAAGGUGAAAACGUCAAAAUACCUGUUGCCAUAAAAGUUUUACAUGAAAAUACGGGUGCGAAUACUUCGAAAGAAUUUUUAGACGAAGCUUACAUUAUGGCUAGUGUCGAGCAUCCUAAUUUACUGCAGCUUCUCGCAGUUUGCAUGACGUCGCAGAUGAUGUUGGUGACGCAGUUGAUGCCACUGGGAUGUCUGCUGGACUUUGUAAGAACUUACAAAGACAAAAUAGGCUCUAAGCCGCUGCUCAAUUGGUCGACACAGAUCGCACGUGGUAUGGCAUAUUUGGAAGAACGGAGACUAGUUCAUCGUGAUCUUGCGGCGCGUAAUGUUUUAGUACAGACAUCAAAUUGUAUUAAGAUAACGGACUUCGGUCUCGCUAAGCUGCUGGAUAUCAACGAGGAGCAGUACAAGGCUGCUGGGGGUAAAAUGCCCAUAAAAUGGCUGGCUCUUGAGUGCAUUCAGCACCGGGUUUUUACCCACAAAUCCGAUGUAUGGGCAUUCGGUGUCACCAUUUGGGAAGUUUUGACCUACGGAGAACGACCUUAUGACAAUGUACCUGCGCGGAAUGUACCCGAGCUGCUGGAGAAAGGCGAAAGAUUACCACAGCCAGCAAUUUGUUCAAUAGAUGUCUAUAUGAUUAUGGUUAAAUGUUGGAUGCUGGAUGCUGAAUCACGACCGACAUUCAAAGAACUUGCUGAUGAGUUCGCUAAAAUGUCAAGGGAUCCUGGCCGUUAUCUUGCCAUCAAAGGUGAUAAAUAUAUGAGACUGCCUUCUUAUACAUUACAGAAUAAAUUUCAGGAUGAAAAGGAAAUGAUACGAAAUUUGGCAUCAGCAGUCGAGGGACCCGAAGCCCUAGUAGAUGCUGAUGAAUAUCUGCAACCAAAAUCACGAGCGCCGAUUCCUCCCGGGCUGUCGGUGCCAAGUAUAACAGACUCGCCGCCAAACACGCCCAUAAGAUCGUGCUGGCCAACCGGGAUCCCGUCACACGCAGCCGCUGACUCGCCGACGCCACAAAAUCAACAGAACUGGGACCGCGAGCUGUUGAGGUACGGUACAGCUGAACGUAGUGAAAGCACGUCAGGAACAAAUGACGGUGGAAUUAAUCAACGCACACAAUCAUACCAACAUCACCACCCACAUUCUCAUCAUAAUAACAAUCACCAUCAUCAUCAACACAGUCUAAAUCACCAGCAUCAUCAGCACCAACAUUCAGGAAAUUACAAUUGUCCUAAUGAUCAGCAUUGUCGAAAUAUUAUUGGUAGUGCGGACAAUAGAAGCUCGAGAUACUGCUCAGAUCCAUUGAAAAUAAUUGCCGGCGUAAGAGAUUGCGAUGUAACGGACGACUGUUUUCAACCGGAAGUUGCAACAAUUCAUCAACAAGCCCAGGUGGGCAAUCUCAAACUUGAUUUACCACUUGAUGAAGACGACUAUCUUAUGCCAUCUCCACAAAUUCCCGCAAAUGCUACGCAGUAUAUGGAUCUCAUUGGAGAUACUAAACCCACCGAAACGGAACCAAAGAGAUUAAUCAAUGGUUAUCGAAAGUAUCCUGAAUUUUUAAGUAUCGCGGGUAAAACAUCAUUAGAUAAUCCCGAAUACAUAAUGGGCCAGGAUGACGGUCCACUUACUCCUCAAAUAAUUGGAAUACCAACAGCAGAUCUCGGUAAAGUUUUAGCCAACGGUGCUUUUGGUUCUCAACAAGUUAAGCAGCGCUGCAAUGAAGAAGAAUCCGAUCACGAGUAUUACAACGAUUUCGACCGGCUUGAACGCGAACGUCAGCCUUUAAAUUCUCUACGAAAAAACGAAACGACCGUAUAAAAUUUAAUAAAUUAAUUAUUAUUUAAACCAGUUACCUUAGAUAGCGUAAACAUUAACUGAAACGACAAAAAAAAUAUGAAGAAAAAUAUAUUACGCUGCUUCAGUUAUAUUAUUUGCAGUACUUAGUAAAUCAAUGACUGGGCGUUAAGAAAUUGCAUUAAAUUUUUAUUAUUAUUACUAUUUUUGAAAAAUUUUUAAAUUAUGCCAUUUUACUUCAAUAGUUUUACAUACACGCAUUUUAUUUAUAAUAUAAAUUGAUAAUAAUAAAAAUAAUUAUAAGCAAUUUCUUUAAAAUAUAAGUGCCAUUUAAUGUGGCUUGUAAAUAAAAAUAUAAUUAUUAAUUAACUUAAAAAGACAAUCAAUUAUAUUAGUUAAUUAAUUAUUUAAAUAUAUCUCAAUUGAGAUUUUUAAAUUAUACAAUUUUAUUAUUAAUUAUUUUUAAAAUAUACACUGGAAAAAUAUUAUUUUUAUAAGAGAUAUUUUGUUGGUUAAAGAAAAAUUUAUUUUUGCCGUAAGAUGGACAGUGAAGUACACGAGCAUCUUUCAGAGUCUCGCGCAUGCGCUAAUUAAUUUUUGUACAGAUAAUUAACAAAAGUUUGGUUAUAAUUUAUUAAUUAAAAUAAUUAUUUAUUGCCGUAAGAUGGAAAUAAAAAGACAAGUGUGGAAAUUUAUACCAAAAGUAUAAAAUUUACCGCAUGCGCAAAUUGAAUUUUUGUGAACGCAAUCAUGAAAAAUUUAAUUAUAAUUAAUUAAUGUUUUGAUUAAUCAAAUUAUUAAAUAGAAGCUAUUAAUUUAAUUUUUUAUGAGUAUGAAUGUAGCAGACAGACAAAUUUGAAUCUGUAAAUAAAUAAAGUAAAUAAUUUAAAAAAUAAUAUUUUUUAAAAAUGCACUAAUUAAUUUUUGAAUUUUUU